UUUCAGUUAGGUGAUAUGCGAUGUGGGUGGCUGUGGACGAAUGACCAAUGAAAAAGAAGGGAGCAAUGAGUGAGAUAAAGAUAGAGAAGACUUCAUCGCUACUCAUUCUGAUGGAGGGAGCACUUGAAAAAUUAAAAGAACGAGAGUUCCCAUGGAUUUUUUCUGGCAAAAAAUUUUCCGCAACAUGGGUGCUUCGCUAUUAUGUACUUCGACAUGCGGAUAUUCCCGGUCAAGAGUCAUUUCUACUGGAACAACAUGAAGACUGUAUGCCUUUCUCCAGAAUUCAUAAAACUUUGGAUUUACGACGUGUCUUGCAGGUUGACACAAAUAUUUCUUUGAAAGUUGGCAACCAGAAUUGGAUUUUUGCAAUUCAUUACAAAGCAAAGCAUGGUGAAAGAUUGAAGGUGCUGUACUUGGCUGCUCAUAGCGAAACAGAGAUGAAUAUGUGGAUUAUGAAAUUUGGUUAUGCUUGUAAACUCCAAAAACAAGAUGAUGAGAACGGUCAAUUAGUCCCAGUGCUUAGAGAAAACACUGCUGAUGAAAGUGCAAAUAAAUUUCUGCUUGUAGCAGAUUGUAUGAAUGAACGUUACUUUGCUGAUAAUUCUGUGGUAGAGUCGCCGAUGUUUUCAAAUGUUAUUACUAAUAAUGCCGAUUAUGUAGACACCGUGACCGCUAAUGCUUAUAUACGUUUAAAGGAUUGCUCGUCAGCGCAUUCAUUAGGAAGCAGCUCAGCAUCUUUAUGCUCAUGCAUCGCUAGUUCAUCCACUUUAUCAGAAAACCUUUCAUUCAAGAAUUCGUCCUUGAUUCCUCCUCCUAUACCACCCAAACCAAACCGUCGUUCACGUGCAGAGAAAAGCGGAAAACACGUUUUGGAAUCAGGUAGAUAUAUUUUGGAUCAACCAGUGAAUCCUGCAGAUGUUCAUGAGAUUCUUAGUGUAAAAGAGGAAGAGUGGAGCAACGAAACAGUUCGUCCAGAUAGAGUUGGCUCGAUCAAUGGAGAUGGUACUUUUUUAUUAUUUGAUUCUCCCCUAACACCUAUUGUUUCUGAUUCGAACGCUCCUAAACUGUUUCCACGUCGCCGUAACUUCCACAACAUUCCUCCUGAGGUAGACCGAUCUUGUAAGCCGACUGGAAUCAAAUAUAUCGCUCUAAACACUGGUCAGGAAAGAUCUAGUACCGAUGAUAGAAAAAGCGAGACAUUUGAGACAUCCUUGCGAUUUUUACCAACUAAUCUUUCAUAUCAACAAUCUUUGCAUCCUGUAGCACUGUGGAAUAAACAAGUAAGAGUUGGUCAGGAAGCUCUGUACGGUAAUGAAGCAGUGAGAACUACGAAUGACACGCUGGAUUAUCUUGAUCCUAUGAGGGAACCACUAGCACAAUCACAGCCAUUUAUUAAAUCUUCGCAGCGGCACAAAAUUGCCUGUCCUACUGAGUACACACAGAUUGAUGAAGAAAACACAAAGGCAGUUUUGAAAGCUAAUGUACGACAAAACGAGAUGCGGCGUAAUGGCUUUCCAGUUUGGCCUUGAUGGUUUCCGGCUAUUUCUUCUUUAUUCCUUGUCGUUUCAUGUAACCUCAUCUUGUUAUGCAUCCAUUCGUUUCGUCCUUCAAACAAAAUUGUGGCAAUUUUUUGCUGAUUUAAACUCGCAUUAGUUUCUGAAGCGACGAAUCAUAAGACAUAUUUUAUAAUAUGUCGCAUCCAGUGCUUUGAAAUCAACAAUCUCUUCUUGAAAGAGGCACCAUAAAGAAUGUGUCAUUAAUUGUUC